AUGCAGAACAAUCUUCCCAUGUUCCGAUACUCCGCCGCAACUACCUCGGAUGAUUGUUCGAUUUGCUUGGAGUGUUUCAAAGAAGGAGAGUUUUGUCGUGCGCUUCCGGUUUGUGACCAUUUGUUUCAUGCAAAGUGUGUGGAUUUGUGGCUAGUGAAAGUGUUGAAUUGCCCGGUUUGUCGGGCACCGGUUCGGGUGGAUGGUGAUUGGCGGUCCGGUUCGGUUGUUGAUGAUGAGUCUAAAUUCUUGUGGGCAGUUGAUGUAGGUAGGCAGUUGAGAGAAUAUAGCUUGUCCUGGUUAUUUCUUGAUUUGGAUCUUGUUGGAGAUAAUUAUAGUGUUAAAGAGGUGUGGUUAAGGAAAUAG